AUGAUAAAUUCAACACGUGCAGAAAUUCUACAACUUUAUCGUUCUUUUUUACAUGUAAUAGAAAAUUGGCCUGCUGACCAUUUAAGACCAAAUCGUAAUUUAAAACAAGUUUUACAUUUACGGGUAACAGAAGGUUUUCAGAAAAAUAUGAUUAUUAAUGAUCCAGAAGUUCACAAUAAAUUGAUUACUGAGGCAGAAAUUGAACUAGAUGCAUUAAAACGUUUAGCGAAUAACGAGUUCAAGGAAAAGUAUCCACUUUCAGAUAAAAUGCAUACACCAGCAUCAAAUCCAAAAUAUUAUACUAGAUUAAUUGCAGAAAUUGAUAAAGCAGCCAAAGCAAAAAUAGUUGAAGGCCUAUGUAUGGGACCAGCAGGCUUUCAAUCAUACCCAACUAGACCUGCCCCUGGGCAACCUUUUUCACAAGCUCCACCAUAUGUACCGCCGCCGCCGCCACCACCAACUUCUACAGUUUGGACUGAACAUUCCUCCCCUGAUGGUAGAAAAUAUUAUUUUAAUUCUAUCACAAAACAGAGUAGUUGGGAUAAACCCGACGAAUUAAAAACUCCUGAAGAGCGAUCAAUAGGUUCUUGUGCUUGGAAAGAAUUUACAGCGGAUAAUGGCAGUAAAUAUUAUUAUAAUUCCAACACAAAAGAAUCUAAAUGGGAAAUUCCAGCUGAAUACAAAGCAAAUGGUAAUGCUUUGUUGUCACCUAGUCAACAAGAUUUUGAGAGAGCAAGACAAUUGAGUGUACCGAUUGUUAGUCCUGUAAAUGUAUCGCCCGGUAAUAUUUCUAUAAGAUCUGGUGGUCUCGCUGCUCCUAUUGGUCCAAAUGUAUCCGUCAUACCUAUUCAACAACAAGAAACACAAAAGAUCGAAUUUGAAACAAAGGAAGAAGCUGAAAAGGCUUUUCAUGAAUUACUUAAAGAAUCUGGUGUCAAACCUGAUUGGACAUGGGAACAAACUAUGAGAGCUAUUAUUGGUAAACCAAUGUAUCGUGCUCUUAAAACAUUAGCCGAGCGUAAACAAGCAUUUCAUGAUUAUAUUGAUGGACUAAGAAAGAAGGAAGAAGAUGAAAAAAGAGCAAAAGCUAUUAAAAUACGUCAAGAUUUUAUAUCGUUACUUGAAUCUCAUCCUGAAGUAAAUUCAUCUACACGUUAUAGAAAAAUUAAUGAAUUGUUUGGAAAAGAACAUGCAUUUUUAGCAAUUGAAGAUGAUAGACAACGAGAAGAAAUAUUUGGUGAAUAUAUCUACGAUCUUCAGGCUACAAGAUGGCUUGAGGCUCAAACUAUAUACACAAGCACGCCUGAAUAUCAACGAGAUAAAAAGUUACAAGAUAUGGAUAUGUUGGAUUUUUUGGCUGUCUAUGAGGAACAUAUUAGAUCAUUGGAACGUGAAUCAGCAGAAAAGAAAAAACGUGAACUUGAAAAUCAAAAUCGACAACAACGUAAAAACAGAGACGCAUACCGUGCUUUGAUGGACGAAUUACGCAAGAAGAGUGUAAUUAAUGCAAACUCUAAGUGGAAGGAAAUAUUUCCAUUAAUUACUAAUGACGAGCGUUAUCAAAAUAUGCUUGGCCAACCCGGAUCAAAUCCUCUAGAGUUAUUUUGGGAUGUUGUUGAAGAACUUGACAAGAUUUUGUACCAACAACGUAAAGUUGUAACGGAGGUUCUAAAGUCAAAGGAUAUUUCAGUUAAUUCAGGAAUGACUUUUGAACAAUUCAAAGAAACUCUUAAUUCUGAUGAACGAGCAUCUUUAAUUUCUGAAAUAAAUCAGAAAAGCAUAUUUGAACAACUACAAAGAAAAUCUGAAAGAAGACAACGUCGAAAGAUAGAUGCAUUUAAAUCAAUAUUAAACAAGAAUUUGGAUAUAUCCCUGACGCCAGAAAUAACAUAUGAUCAGGCAAGACCACACAUUGAAAAAACUGACGAAUUUAAAGCAAUCGAUACAGAAGAACAACGCAUUGAAAUUUUUAACAAGUUUAUGGACCGUAUUAGGGAAAAAUUUCAUAAAAAAGAUGAUGACAGUGAGGAGGAAGAGGGUACACUUAAGGAUGAUGAUUAUGAAGAUGAUAAACAUACAUCUGCUGGUGAUUAUUCUGACAGAGAAAGAGAUGGUGAUAGAAGAAAAAGACGAAAACAAAAACCCAAAUACGAAUCACGACAUUCAGAAUCAAGAUAUCAAGAUCAUAAUAGUAGCAGCAAUAAUAGUGGUAGUAGACAUUCUGAAUUAAAACAUGGUGAACACAUAACACACUCAUCAAAAUCACCAAGACUUCAUCACGAUCAUCAUAAACCAACGUCUACCACUUCUACUUCUAACAUCGUUACAUCUGCUAAUAAUACUUUUAGUAUCGCUGAUGCUGAUGUUGGUAGUACUGAUUCUUCAAGCAAUUUAAUAACUCAAUCACCAAAAAUAGAAGCUGUUGAUAAAAAUUCGUCGCCUAAAUUAGAAGUAGUUGGUAAAGCAAUAUCUUCCAAACCUGAAUUUCGUCAAAAACAUCAUCAUGGGGAUUCAAGUGCUGAAGAAGGCGAGUAUGUGGAGUAA